ACAAUUUCAGUCACAACUAUUUAUCUUUUUUUUCAAAUUGCAUGAAAGGAUAUUACUCAUUUCUCGUGUUUUAUUUAAUUAAUUAAAUCCAAUAUCCUAAUUAUUUGUUACUUGUGGCUAAUUUAUUUAAUAGAUAGUGUGCGAAAAGAAUAAAUUCAUCGUCGGAGUGUGGAAAUGCAAGCCAUAAAAUGCGUAGUUGUCGGUGAUGGAGCCGUCGGUAAAACUUGUUUACUCAUUAGUUACACAACCAAUGCUUUUCCCGGCGAGUACAUACCUACAGUUUUCGAUAAUUACUCCGCCAAUGUUAUGGUCGAUGGGAAACCAAUCAACUUAGGAUUAUGGGAUACAGCUGGUCAAGAAGACUACGACAGAUUACGACCACUUUCAUACCCACAAACUGAUGUAUUUUUAAUUUGUUUCUCUCUCGUAAAUCCGGCAUCUUUUGAGAAUGUUCGAGCAAAGUGGUAUCCUGAAGUAAGACAUCAUUCUCCCAGUACACCUAUAAUACUUGUUGGUACAAAAUUAGAUCUGCGAGAAGAUAAAGAAACUAUUGAGAAACUGAAAGAAAAAAAAUUAGCUCCAAUUACUUAUCCUCAAGGAUUAUCAAUGGCGAAAGAAAUCGGAUCAGUGAAAUACUUGGAAUGCAGUGCUCUAACGCAGAAAGGCCUAAAAACUGUAUUCGACGAGGCAAUACGAGCUGUACUGUGUCCUAUUGUGCCACCGAAAAAGCGUAGGGGGUGCGUCAUACUCUGAAAAAAUUUUACAAACCUGUUGCUCGAACGAAUAUCUCUUUAUCUAUUGUGGAAAAAUCUUGUAAAUAUCGUACGUUGAAAGCUCGAAUUAAUUCUACUGUAUUUUCGUAACUUGUCACUCUACUUAUAUAUUUUUUUCUUUCGCGCCAUCACACGGAAUAUUUUUUAAUUUCGGCCGAAUCUGGUUCCGUUCAGAUUUUUUUUCUUUCCUCUUUUCAAUUACCUAGAAUUCGAAAAUCACGUUUGAUUGAACGUCGUGUGUUCCGUAAUGGGUUUUCAUUUCAAGCGCUGGUUUUUCUGCUAAUUUAGCGCGAUCGUUUUUUUAUGUAUUUCUGGUUUUAAAAGCGUCGUAAUCGUCAUUCCAUUAUUAGUAGAACGAUCAGAUACGUAUUUUAUGUGUUCAUUUAGCUUUUUAUCGAGAAAUUGGAUAUACCAACGAUAAGGCGAUUGUUGUACGGAUGGGUUUCGUGCGAGUUAUUCUUGUUCUAUCGUCAGCAAUUUUUUUUUUUUACAUUGGUCUUUCAAGUAGCUUAUAAAAUCGCUGCUGCACUAUUUUCAUUGUAGCCUGAGGUAAAAUGCUGAACAUAAAAUGGUUACCGAAUUAAAGAAACGUGUCUGAUACGUAGUUAACUAUAUAAAUUUAGCGCUUCCUGUGUUGUCGUAUGUGGAUGUCGCCUCGUACAUCCGACGACAGUUUUAUCUUCUAUUAAGGAAUACCUCCCCCCCCCUUCUCUAAAACACUCGUUUGUUUUUAAUAAUAAAAUUAUUAUUGGCCGAUCGAUUCGUAUGAUGAUAGUUUAGUUACAUUUUUUUUUUAUAUACGCGUAUAAUAUGUCGCGAUAAUGCAAUGAUAGGAAAAAAUAAUGCAUACUUUUUAAUAAUUGAAUUAUUAACAAUAAUUUUUUUUUCUUUUAUUACUGUGAUGUAUUUUAACUCUAAUGUCGUCGUAUCGCGUAAUAAAAAGUCGCGCCAGGAGAACAAUUCUGCGAAAGCGACUUUUUUUCGUAGUAUUAAUCACUUAAGCGAAUAUAGUGUCCUCUGCGUCGAUGUAAAAUAUCCAACGUAUUUUACGUACAAAUUAUACCUAUUUAUAUUAUUAAGGUCAAUAAUUAUUCUGCGUGCAUUUCAGAAUAUUAUUUAGUUGAUUUUCUAAAAUGUCACCAUCAUGAAAUCUUUGUAAAGUAUUAAUUUUCAUUUUUCUUUUUUUUUUUUUUAAAGAGUGUAUAUAGGUACUUUAAUAGUCUAAUUGGUGCUUUGUGCUUGCAUAUGCUAUAUUUUUUGCGUUGCGUUGAUUGUGAUUUAAAUGUUUACGCUUGCUCGAGUUCUCUGUUCUGUUUUUAUUUUUGUCUUUUUUCUCGCUUCUUUUUUUUUUCUUUUUUUAAACGUGUGUUUGUAGUUUUUCGCUGUUUUUUUUUUUAUUAUUUCAUCUUCUGUGUAAUUCGAUGCGAUUAUUACGAUGAAAAAUUACCACAAUGAUGAAUGAUUUUGUUGAUCAAAAUUUUUUUCUUUUUUUUUUGUAUUUUAAAUUACAAUUAUCGUAACUAUAUUAACGCGGUUCGCAUCGAUUAAUGACCUACCAAUCGCUGUUCAUUUUGAUUUUGAUUAUGUAAUAACGCACAAGCGGUUUUUUUCUUCUUUUUUUCCCGAACGAUAAGUGUAGUUUUGUGCAUUUAAUUUUUAAACAUAUCCAUUUUUAUUUUAAUUUAUACGUGUAAAGUUGUAUUGGAUGUUUUGAAUUUUAUUAACUUUUUAUUUCUGUUUCUUAUUCUCUUUGUUAAUAGCAUUUAAUUUAUUAAUUUAAUAUUUGUAAUGAAUAAAGUAUAAUGACACGACCGA